UGUUUUAAAAAGUGCAGUGAAGGAAACGUGAUUAAAAAAACAAAUCCAGGCGUUUCUUCUGAAGGCGGUGGUUUUUGGUGCCUUUCUGGUUUUGUGCUUCCGGUUUGACCGCAGAAACGAAACCUAAGAAUGAAGCAGACUGGGGGAUGUGGGAGAUGUCCUUGUUUUGCGCAAAAAACAUAUUUUCCAACCCUCUCAUUGACAUGACACCAACAGUCAGUACAGUCACUUCAGUGCAAACUUGUGAGGAGACCACUCCAGACCUCAUCAUGUCUCAUCUGCUUUGGGUUGUUUUUCUCCUGUAUGCUGCAGGAUGCUACCCUUCAUCCUCCUCCUCACCUGGUCCCAGCUCCCUCCUCGUGAUCCAGAAAGGCCAGAAUGUUUCUCUGAGCUGCAAUCUGUCCUCCAGCGUAGAGAUUACCUGGUACCUGCUGCGCUCCGAGCAGCUGCUGCCUCUGCUCACUCAGAGACCCAGUAAAGUCUCAGGUGGAGACACAGCAGACGUCCACUCUGGAAACACCCGCUUAGGCUGGGCAGGAGCCGUGGAGAGCGGCCAGGUCAGCCUGGAGAUCAAGGAGGUGGAGGAGGAGGAUGCUGGGCUGUAUUUCUGUGCCGGGCAGCUUGAAGCAAGCAAGCAUGUAAAUGGAGGAAUCCAGCUCACAGUGAGUGGAAUCAAUGGAAAGAAGCAAAUCAGGGACAAGGGCCAGCCGCGUUGGACUCUGGGAGUUUGGGUUCUCACAGCUUUACUAUUCCUCUGUUUUGUAGUCCUGGUUGGAUUUUUCCUGAGGUCAGGUAAACCUGCUUGCUGCUGUGAUUUACUGAAAUGGAAUGACACCCUGCCGGUAACAAAGGAGGAGUCUCUGCAUUAUUCCAGCCUGAAGCAUGUAGGAAAACCUCACCACGCUGACAGGGAGGAGCUUGUGACGUAUUCUACUGUGAACCAUAAGAUCAACGGAUCGCCAAACCGCCAAUAAAUUGCUACUUUUUUUAAUCUCCACCACAGAAAGUAAAUUCUAAACAGUUUGGUAUAUAGUUGGUUACAUUUACUGACCUAACAAGAAAAAUAAGUUUACUUUUGAGUCCUGUUUUUAUAUUUUUUCAUUAAAUAAUAUAUCAUGAAAACAUUUUUAUUAAAGAUUGUUUGCAGAAAAUUGUAGUUUCUUAUAAAUGUAAAACAAAGACAUCUAUACGAGUUUAAAUUCACAUUUUAGACUUCAAAUGACAUAUAGUUAUAUGAUUAGAAACUUUUAUUUUGUCUUCCUAUUAAAAUUACAUGUUUUAUUGAAAUUAAAUUAAAAUGAAAUUACUGAUAUGUUGUAAAAAAUAAGAUUUUUGUUCAAUGAAAGCAUGAAAAAUGAUCCGAAUAAUUUUGUGUUUGUUUUGUUGCCAAUGGUGAAAUACAUAGUGAAGAGUGUGAGGCUUUUAUUUUCUUAACACCAUUAUUUUGUAUCUCAGAGUGGGUUUAGUUAACGUCUAACAUCUAACAUGUGUGUUUAGAUCGAUCGAGCGUUAGCACUAGCCGUCCUAUGGGAAAUCCCAUUAUUCGUUAGCAUCAAG